AAGCACUCUAGGUGGUGAGUCUACAUUGGCUUAAGGACUCCAUGUAUUCUUCAAGGGCAGCUUCUUCCUAUAUAAGCUCUGGUUUUCUUGAAGAAAGGAGACCCUUGGCGGUUUAUUCAGGGCGUCCUGCGUGUAGUCGGACUGCUAAAGAGAUUCAAGACGAGGGAGAAGAGGGUGGAAACCGUGGCCGUAUCAAAGAGAGAAUGAAUUUAUCAAAGGCCCAAGUUAAUAGCGAAGAUAAGUACGCCAAAUGCGGCGCUUGGAGAACACAACAGCAAUACGACAUCGAGGCCAGUCACAUGCGUGAUGCACAUGCUCUAUAUAACCAAAGGCUGCUCUGCAGAAUGUCCAGCAAGGACCGCCACAUUGAGUCGAGUUGCCCCUCCUACAUAAAGACGGAACCUUCCAGCCCUGCCUCACUGACGGACAGCGUAAAUCACCACAGCCCCGGCGGUUCCUCAGACGCCAGCGGUAGCUACAGCUCCACCAUGAACGGCCAUCAGAACGGUCUGGACUCACCCACUCUUUACGGCCCAACCGGUGCUCUGGGUCCCAGCGGAGCCGGAGCAAAGCGUUACGAGGACUGCUCCAGCACCAUCACGGAGGACUCAACAGAUAAAUGCGAGUACAUGCUGAACUCCAUGCCCAAGCGCCUGUGUCUGGUGUGUGGGGACAUCGCCUCCGGCUACCAUUACGGUGUCGCCUCCUGCGAGGCCUGCAAGGCCUUUUUCAAGAGGACCAUCCAG